AUGGACGUCGCGUGGAGGUUGGCCGCUUUUGAGUUCGCGUGCCACGCCAUGGAUGUUGUGUUUUCGGAGGCCCAUUACCUGCCGAAGAUUCCACGGCCCGCCCUUCGUGACCGAGGAAAUCCGAUGGAGCUCUAUGACGAGGAACAAUUUCACGCUCGCUACCAGUUCACGAAGCACGCCGUGUGGCAGCCGCUGUGUAUGCUGCCGCUCCAAGAAAGCGGGGACAAUCGAGGUCAGCCUGUGCCACCUAUGCUGCGGCUGUUGAUGGUGCUGAGAUUUUACGGCGCUGCGUUUCAAACAGUGACCGGGGACCUCGUCCGCAAUCCGCAGUCUACAGUGUGCCGUGCAGUCGGAAAAGUGACCAUGCUGAUAGCAAAGCACUUGUACUCCAUACUGCUGCGCUUUCCGCAGCCGGCGGAAUUUCAACAAGUUAUUCGGGACUUCUAUAAAGUGGCCGAAUCCCCUGGAGUGACGGGAUGCAUAGACUGCACGCACGUGCAGAUUAAAAGCCCCGGCGGUGAAAAUGCCGAAGUGUUUCGCAACCGCAAAGGCUAUUUCUCCUUUAAUGUGCAGGCUGUGGCUGGAGCAAAACUCCAGUUUUUCGAAUGCGGCUCUGUUCACGACAGCAGAAUUAUUGACAACUCCCGCUUGCGGGUGCUGUACGAAGAAAACCGGGUGCCUGGAGUGCUAUUGGGCGACGCUGGAUACGCAUGCCAGCCAUAUUUAUUUACACCGUUUUCAGAACCAGGCCCCAUGAACACACCCAAGGGAAGGUAA